GACACAGUCACUCGGCCACUCGCUCAGCCACUCAGCCCGUGUCAGUUUGUCCAGUUGAUUGUGGAGCCGUGAACGAGCCGCUUGGACAAGCGCUUUGCAAGCAAAAUAACCGUUAAAGUGCAUAAAGUUCAGCUGUAAAAGGGCACUUUUGCUCAUUAGCAGCUUUCGUGCAAGAAGGAUAAUCUAGUGUAAAAUGUUUUAAAGGAUAAAUCGUGCUGAUAAUACCGAUAAAUAAUCGAAAUCUCUAAAUAAUUUUAAAUUGCUUUGUGCUUUCGGAAAUUAUGCUUCGUGUGUUUUGAAGUGCAGUUUUUUUCAAUGUCAGCCAAUUGUUGUGGCAUUAACGUAAAUGCGUUUUUGAAGUGCUUGCACUAAUUUCUACAAGUAUCGGCGUUUAUCGAUUUAAGAAGUGUGUUCUAUUCGCCACUUAUUUAAUACACUGAGCUUAAGGUGAUUGUAAAUUAAUAAUCUUUUCUUAAGUGCCAUUUCUGCAUUAGUUACAGUUAUAAAUUUGCCACUUUGCGUUCAUCAGAUUUCUGUUCAGAAUGCGCAUCAACUUAAUGAACAGCUUACAACCGCCAGUGGAUGAGAAAUUGUCAUCAGCUGCUUCGGAUUAUUCCGGAGUUACGACGCCUUUGCGGCGAUUAUCGCCACCGCCGCGCAUACAACGUCAGGUCACCAUAGAAGGGCAACCGGAUUCACUGAACAGCGUGAUCAGUAAUCCAGGCUCGUUUCCGAUUACAAUCGUACCAAAUCGGCCAGCGAGUUUUUAUGGCUAUGCGAAAACUGGCGGUGGCGUUUUCCAACGCCAAGCGAGUACCAGAUCGCGUAACUUCCGCCCCGGCAGCAUGCGUAAAGUGCGCCGCCGCGCUGUGUUCAAGAAUGGCGAUUGCAAUGUUAUGCAAAAGAAUCUGAUGCGACGUCGUUUACGCUUCAUGCAAGAUCUCUAUACAACGCUUGUGGACUCACAAUGGCGCUGGACGCUGCUGGUAUUCGCACUUUCCUUCAUACUAUCUUGGCUCUUCUUUGCAUUGCUCUGGUGGCUCAUUAUGUAUACACACGGCGACUUGGAGGAACUGCAUUUGCCCGAACAUCAAGAGGAAUCCGGUUGGACGCCUUGCGUUUCCGCUAUACACGGCUUCACCUCGUGUUUCCUCUUCUCAAUUGAGACACAACACACUAUCGGCUAUGGUGUACGCACCACCUCGGAAGAAUGUCCGGAGGCUAUAUUCAUGAUGUGUUUCCAAUCGAUAUUUGGCGUAAUGACCUCGGCUUUUAUGGGCGGCAUCGUGUUCGCCAAGAUGACACGUGCCAAGCAACGCGCACAAACUCUGCUCUUCUCCAAAUAUGCGGUCAUUUGUCAACGCGAUGGUGGUCUCUCGCUGAUGUUCCGUGUCGGUGAUAUGCGUAAGUCACAUAUCAUUGGUGCCGGCGUACGUGCUCAGCUAAUACGCACGCGCACCACUAAGGAGGGUGAGGUGAUGAGUCAGCAUUUCACCGAACUGGAAGUCAGCGCCGACGAGUGUGGCUCGGAUUUGUUCUUCAUAUGGCCGAUGGUUAUCGAACAUAAAAUCGAUGAGAAUUCACCGUUUUAUAAUAUGUCUGCCACCGAUAUUCUGCAGGAUAAAUUCGAGUUGGUCGUCGUUUUGGAGGGUACGGUUGAGUCGACGGGCCAAUCAACACAGGCGCGUUCGAGCUAUGUAAACACGGAGAUAUUGUGGGGUCAUCGCUUUGAUCCAGUGGUUUUGUACAAUAAAGAACGACAGGCUUAUGAGAUCGAUUAUGGGCGUUUCAACGAGACAACACAGGUGGAUACGCCGUUAUGCAGUGCACGAGAGUUGAAUGAGAUUUAUAAGAUACAAGAGGGCUUUAGAACGCCAGUGCAACGCAAUCCACUGCUUCGUUGCGCAUCGUACGAGCCGCAGUCGCAUCGUUUGAACGCCUUAUCAGCGGAUACGGCACUCUUCAAGCAAUUAUCCUUCACGUUGCCGAGAAGAAGACCGAAGUCAAUAACAACAAAUGUAUGCAAUAAAGCUGGCGUUGCACCGUCGUCAUUGACCGCGUCACCGGUGAGCGAGCGCAGUUCGGGCUUCUCUUCCAUUGGCUCGGCGGACGAACGCACGUUGCGUUAUGCGGCUUUGUUUGAAGGUGUUGAGAGUGUGCGAAAAAUUCCAGUCAAAUAAGUGCACCAUUUUAUGCAAAUUUAUUUUAAUUAUUAAGUAAUGGACAAUUUUGUAAAUUAUUAUUAAUAAAAUUAUGUUUAUAUCUAUAAA